GAAAAUCAAACUCCACUGUUGAUCACAGACAGACUUGUGGAAGGAUUAACACAUCUACACAACUAAGAUAUAGAGGGAAUCAUUGGUUUAACAGGUAAACUUUGAUUAUCUAGUUAGUAAGUCAGUGAUCUUCUCAUCGGCUGUCAGACGUGGGGUUUGACUUCCUGUCCUGGAGAAACUCUCCCUCCAUGAUGGAUGUCCUUGAGGAUAAUGAUGUCAGAACAUCUGUCGAAUGAAUUAAAUGUCCUGGAGAAACUCUUUAUAGGACGUUGGAUGUUUGUGUCAUCCUCAUUAGGGAUGAGGAAGGUAUUGACUCAACCGGACUGUGUGUGUGUGAAUCUCCUUCUUCUUCUACACACAGUCAACUCAGUGAACUUUGCGGUCAUUGGUCCAGCUGAUCCUAUUGUUACUGAUGCUGGUGAUGACAUCAUUCUACCCUGCUACCUGAAACCCAACAUCAGUGCUGAACACAUGACAGUCCAGUGGUUUAGAGAAAGACACAGCAUUUCAGACCCUGGUACUUUAGUCCAUCUCUAUCAGGAUGGAAAAGACCAAAAUCAGGAGCAGAUUCUUUCCUAUCAUCAAAGGACAUCACUGUUUAAAGAGGAGCUGAAGAAGGGAAACACAUCCUUAAAACUAGAUGAUGUUCAGGGAAAUGAUGAUGGAUUUUUUCAAUGUCUGGUUAAGUCAGACUCCUGGUAUGAAGAGGCCAGAAUUCAAGUUCAGGUCAAAGCUGUGGGAUCCCAGCCAGUCGUCUCUAUUGAGGGACACAGAGAUGGAGGAAUGGGUCUGGUGUGUACAUCUAAAGGCUGGUUUCCUGAACCUCAGUUGGAGUGGCUGGACAGUAAAGGAGUCUCUGUCUCUACUGGACCUCCAGAGACACACAGAGACCCUCAGGGACUCUACACAGUCAAUCUAGAUGUAGUUGUAAAGGAGACUGACACCAACAGCUUUAUAUGCAGACUCAUACAGGACCACCUCAAUGUACCGAUGGACACACAGUUACACAUCCCUGAUGAGCUGUUCGAUCACACCAUCCCAUUCAAAGUGUCCUUAGGGGUCAUUGUUCCUGUCCUGGUCAUUGUGUUGGUUGUGGUUAUCUACUUCAGAGUAAAACUUAAAAGAAAAGAUGAGGACAUUUGGAAAAAGGAUUGUGUCAUUCAGGAAAAGGAUCGUGACAUUCAGGAAAAGGAUCGUGACAUUCAGGAAAAGGAUCGUGACAUUCAGGAAAAGGGUGAGUAUUGUCCCGAGUAA